AUGUUUUAUCCUUGGUUGAAUUUCGAAGUUUUCAUUCCAGUAUUUCAAAGUAUGUCGUUGUUAGUCGUCCUAGUCGUCCUAGUGACAGCCAUCGACCGGGCGUCUCCAUUUGCAAAUCUCCCUUGGACGUUCACUUCCGGUCUCCAUGGAAUUAUCACUUUUCUGAAUGCCUUCCGGAAAUUCUCUGACAAGAACGCGUAUAAUAUUGGAUUCAGGCAUGAGUUGGUGUACGCAAGACAAUGGCUGACUAUCUGGACGAUGACACUGAUAGCCGUGAUUUCAUAA